AUGCAUAUGUAUGCGAGCGAACAUGGAGGAGCUCCAUACAAAAGCCAGCACGUGACUCAGCUCUCCAUGCCGCCGCGUGAUGCGCCGCGACAUGCAGCCCUCAGGCGCGAACCAUUACACGCUCGUGCGAACGAUCAUUCUACAGAUAAAAGCAGCCAUUGGGAGACCUCAACCAUGCAGCAACAGUAUCGUACCUUUGCCCAGCAAGCGCCUCAGAGGUCGCCCCACGCGACUGCUCGUCGCGGUGGCAUUGGCCCGAUGAUGUCUGCCGGGCCUCACCCAGCAGUACCUCUUACGCAAGCGCAAAUGGCACAACAGCAGCUAGCUCAGGUGCAAGCAGCUGAGCUUGCAAAGCGACGCAGCCGCAAACCUACCGACAAAAACAUACCCGAUGGUAUCGAGGACAGCGUUGUCAACCCAGAGAGCGCCCAGCGAUACAGAGACCUCAAAGAUGUUGAACGCUUGAUUGAUGCAACCAUUACACGCAAGAGACUUGAUGUACUCGACAACACACAGCACCCGACGAAGUUAACAAAGACGCUUCGUAUUUGGAUCAGCAACGCUGUGCAGGAUCAAGUCUGGCAGGGAAAUGGACCGACUUCUGAUUCAUUUGAUUUUUCAGGUGCUGCCGAGGCAUCCUACCGCGUGAAAAUUGAAGGAUGCCUUCUUGAUGACGAGGCUCCCGAGGAAGAGAAAAGCACCAAGCCAACCGCUGCCGACGCUGCCACCACAGAGGAUAAUGACGACAAGAUGGACGAGGAUACAGCAACCAACGAAAAAUCCAACGCCACCUCCAGAAAGCUUAAGCUAUCUCACUUCUUCAAAGCCAUGACCGUCGACUUCGAUCGUUCACGCUUCCGUAAUGGCGCCGAGCAAAGUGUUGAGUGGAAGAAGCCUGAUGCAGCUCUUCGACAGCCUAACGGACCAAAUCUUCCUGCUUCUGCCGAUUUCGACGAGAUUGCGUUUAAGCGCAAUGGCGAUGAAAAUAUCAACAUCACAAUCAACCUGUUCCGACAGGAAAUACCCGAGCGAUAUCAAUUCAAUCCGGAACUAGCAGAUGUCAUAGAUAUGAAAGAAGGCACGCAACAAGAAGCAGUGAUGGGAUUUUGGGAAUAUAUUAGGCAGCGCGGUCUUCAAGAGGACGAAGAGAAACGUAACUUCCGCUGUGACGAACUGUUGAAGAAGGUCGUGAGAGGCGAUGUUGGCUUUAUCCCAAUGCUAAACGAAUACGUGGCUCAGAACUUGCGACCUCUCCCCCCUGUUGCCUUGCCAUACACUAUUCGUGUGGACGAAGAAUUCCACAAAAACCCACAGCCAACUAUCUACGAUGUUCAAGUGACUAUCGAUGAUCCUUUGAGAGCAAGCCUGCAGGGGUUGAUAAAUAAUCCUCAAUAUUUAGCUAUGCUCAAGGACAUCAGCGGACUUGAUGAACAACUUGCACGUCUCGUGCAAGCUGUUUCAGCAUCCAAGGCUAAACACACGUUCAUGAAGUCGCUGGGCGAGGACCCCGCAACGUUUGUCAAGAACUGGCUCAGUUCGCAGAAGCGGGAUCUGGAGGUUAUCAUGGGUGAAGGCUCCAACGGAGGCGAUAAUGGCUAUGGCGACGAAUGGCGUAGAGGUGGAAGCAGCAGCGUUUGGGCGACACAAACAGCGAGAGAAAGUGUCAAUGUACUACUUUCUCGACAGCGCUAG